AUGAACAAGCCAAGGAACGACGGCUUUACGCUGGUCGUAUACCCGUAUCCAAUCAUGACAUUCGGAAACGACACCAGAUCCAUCUGCAGCUGCGCUGUCUCGUACAAGGGGGGGGGGGGGGGGGGGACGGCUCAUGAGGGCAUUCCUCACAGGCUUCGGCAUGGUGGCAGCCGUUGCAACAUCCGGCCGAGGCCUAGCCACGCCCGAUCAGGUAGGUCAGAAAUGCCUUUCCAUAGGUCGUCGUCCUCCAGGUUCAACCCCCUUCGCGGGACCGCCCUCGACAACGAAACGACGAGAGGUGCGGGUUAA